AUGUCUCAGCUAAUCACUCUAGCCACGUGCUCUCUCAACCAGUGGGCGCUUGACUAUACCGGCAAUUUAGAAAGAAUUCGCCAGAGUAUCCUGAAAGCUAAAGAGGCUGGAGCUACGCUACGAACAGGCCCUGAGCUGGAAAUCACUGGCUAUGGCUGUCUCGAUCACUUCCUCGAGGCUGAUGUCUAUGACCAUUCCAUGGACAUGCUAUCCAAAAUUCUAACGGAUACUUCCCUCCAUGGCAUUCUUAUUGAUGUUGGUCUACCAGUUAUGCAUAGAGGUUGCAGAUAUAAUUGUCGUGCGAUUAUCCUUGAUGGCAAGCUGCUAUGUCUUCGUCCCAAGAUAUUCCUGGCCAACGAUGGAAACUUUAGAGAAAACCGCUUCUUCACUCCCUGGAAUCGCCCUAGAUAUGUUGAGAAGUAUAACCUUCCACCACAAAUCCAAGAACACCAGGGAGUUCGACAGGUGCCUUUCGGUGAUAUUAUCUUGUCUCUUAAUGAUACGACGGUUGCUGCCGAGACCUGCGAAGAACUUUUCACUCCUCAGGCGCCACACAUCAACAUGGCUUUGAACGGCGUCGAAAUCUUCACAAACAGCUCAGGAUCGCACCACAGCUUGCGGAAGCUCAAUGAGCGAAUUGCCUUGAUCCAAGAGGCCACCCGAAAGAAUGGCGGCAUCUAUCUCUACGCAAACCAAUCAGGCUGUGACGGCGAUCGUCUACUCUAUGAUGGCUGCUCGAUGAUAAUGGUCAACGGCGAAAUCGUCGCCCAGGGCUCACAGUUUAGCUUGGACGAUGUUGAGGUGGUGACUGCAACAGUCGAUCUCGAGGAAGUGCGAUCAUAUCGCUUUGCUCCGUCUCGUGGUUUCCAAGCCACGCAAGCGCCAGUGUAUGAGAGAAUCGAAGUCGACUUUCGACUCUCACAUGAUACCCUCCGAAUCCUUGAAGUCCCAACGCCAACUAGACCAGCGAGAUAUCACCUUCCAGAGGAAGAAAUUGCUCUCGGUCCAGCGUGCUGGCUGUGGGAUUACUUGCGACGAAGUAAACUGGCGGGCUAUCUGGUCCCCCUAUCCGGAGGUAUUGACUCAUGUGCCACGGCUACCAUUGUCUAUAGCAUGUGCCGGCUGGUCGUCCAGGCCGUGAAAGCCGGUAACCCGGAAGUAAUUGCCGAUGUCAAAAGACUCGCUGCCUUCUCCGACAAAUUGCCCGAAACCCCCGAGGAGUUUUGCAACCAAAUCUUCCAUACCGUCUACAUGGGCAUGGCUAACCAAAGCAGCAAGGAGACUCGCCAGCGUGCCAAGGAUCUUGCCGACCGUAUCGGCAGCUACCACACGGAUAUGAACAUUGAUGAUACCUAUCACGCCACUAAGAACUUGCUUACGCAGGGCACUGGAUUUGAGCCCAAGUUCAAGGUUCACGGAGGAUCGGCCACCGAAAACUUGGCUUUGCAAAACAUCCAGAGCCGCUCCCGCAUGGUCAUCGCGUACUACUAUGCACAGAUGCUUCCGAUGGUUCGGCAACGGCCAGGUGGAGGCGGUCUCCUGGUCCUUGGAUCAAGCAAUGUUGAUGAAUGCCUUCGAGGAUAUCUCACCAAGUACGACUGUAGCUCCGCUGAUCUCAAUCCCAUUGGAUCAAUCAGCAAGACCGAUCUCAAACGGUUCAUUGCCUGGGCAAGCAAGGAUUUCGAUAUGCCCAUUUUGGAGGAAUUUAUUCACGCUAUCCCUACGGCCGAACUUGAACCCAUCACUGAAAACUACGUUCAGAGCGAUGAAGCCGACAUGGGCAUGACAUACGAUGAGUUGUCCCGCUUUGGCUCACUGCGCAAGGAGCACAAAUUAGGACCGUAUGGAAUGUUCCUGAGGCUGCUCAACGAGUGGGGCGGCCAAGGAAAGCUGAGCCCGCGCCAGAUCGCCGACAAAGUGCAGCGUUUCUUUUUCUAUCACCAGAUCAAUCGCCACAAGUCAACCGUCUCGACACCUGCAUAUCACGCUCUGGCCUACUCUCAGGAUGAUCACCGAUUUGAUCUCCGUCCUUUCCUUUACCCCCCUGCGUUUGAGAGCUGGUCGUUCAAGAAGAUUGAUGAGAGGGUAGCGGCCUUGGAAAAGGCUCUAGAACGGAAACAGACUAAAGCAUAGAAAGAAUUUCAUCAAAAGGAAUAGACAGAUACACGG